CCUUCCCGCGUUUCUUUCAGGAAUGGCGGCCCCCAUGGGGCGAGUGCCUCUUUGGUUCCAGUGCCGGGGUCUGUGCUUCCUCCGCCGCGCCGAGGCCAGGCUGAGGGUCGCUGGGAACCGGUUCAGCUCCACGGAAGCUGCGGCAGCUGCGCGGAGGGAGCCGCAGGGCCCCGGCAGCGAGGAAGCGGCGGCAGAUACUGAAAUUAGCACCAGAAAGAAGACAUUCAGUAAGGUCUUAGCAGAAAGACGAGAGCAGGCACAAAGAACAGUGUUAAUUAACUGCCCAUCCAAAAUCAAUGAGAAAAAACUACUCAAAUACUUGUCAUCUCAUGGAGACAUUAAGAAUCACUUCUUCUAUGAAAGUUACGGGAUGUAUGCAGUAGUAGAAUUUUCUGAGACCAACAGUAUAGCUUCACUGCAGGAUGCUACUGGUUCUGUACAGUUGGUGGAUGACUGUCCUGUUCCAUUUAAAUCCAGAAUUUUUACAAUAACAUUGAAAAACCCACCAAGCCAAGCUUCCAAUCAGACUCCAGUUUACCGUCAUAAACAGGCAACUAUUCAAGUUGGAGAGCUGCUGACGAACCUAUGUAAUGCUGACAGUUUGAGCGACCAGUUGUACAUGCUCGUAGAGAAGUAUCAGCUGACAGAGGAAAACACUAAGCUCCGAUUUUUAACCUGCUCUUUAAUUCAAGACAUUGCAAGUGCUUAUUUUCCAGACUGCAUUGUGAAGCCCUUUGGCUCUUCUGUGAACAGCUUUGGUAAACUGGGAUGUGACUUAGACAUGCUUUUGGAUCUGGAUGGGAUCCGAAAAAAUGCUACCCAAAGGCAAACAGGUCCCUUCAACAUAGAUUAUCUAAUGAAGAGAGUACCUUCUGAACGAGUAGCAACGCAGAGGACCCUUUAUGUGAUUGGUGAAUUUAUUGAUAACUUUGGCCCUGGGUGUGUCGGCGUCCAAAAAAUACUUAAUGCUCGCUGUCCGUUGGUACGAUUUUCUCAUCAGCCUUCAGGAUUUCAGUGUGACUUGACAGCUAAUAAUAGAAUUGCCCUGAAAAGUUCUGAGCUCCUGUAUAUCUACGGCAGCCUCGACCCGCGUGUGAGAGCUCUGGUGUUCAGUGUGCGGUGCUGGGCACGGGUCCAAGCCAUAACCAGCAGCAUUCCUGGCUCCUGGAUUACUAAUUUCUCGCUCACAAUGAUGGUCUUGUUUUUUCUGCAAAGAAGAAAGCCCCCCAUCAUUCCAACUUUGGAUCAGCUGAGGGUGCUAGCUGAUGCAGAAGAUAAGCAUGUGAUUGAAGGUCAUGACUGUACCUUCGUUAGUAACUUGAACAAAAUUAAGCCCACAGAAAACACAGAAACCCUAGAUGUCCUAUUGAGUGACUUCUUUGAAUACUUUGGAAAUUUUAAUUUUAACAAGUAUUCACUAAAUAUCAGGAAGGGGAAAGAGCAAAACAAGCCAGAAGCGUCUGCUCUUCACAUACAGAACCCCUUUGAACAAAACCAUAAUAUCAGCAAGAACGUAAAUGCAAUGCAGCUUGAAAGAUUUGUCAAUUUGGCUAGAGAGAGCGCCUGGCUUUUGCAGCAGACAGGGAAGGGUCCGACCAGCAGCAACCAGCGCUGGGGACUGGCAGCCCUUCUCCUAACAUCAGCAGGAAAUAAUGCCAGCAAGGGUACGAGAAGGAAGAGGGGACCAGCCAGCGAACGGAUCAAGGGCUUGUUGGACUCCUUGAAGCUUAACGCUGAGAAUGCGAAGAGGCCUUUUAGUACUCGGGCGUAGUAGUUUCUGCAGCAUCAACCAUGAUCUCUUGAGCAACCUGGUUUCUGCAUGGAAUGAAAAGGUAGUCGUAGCAGCGCAGCCUUCAGGUCUUCCGCAACUGGGGAGGUUGAUAUGCUGAAUCUCCUCUUGCUCUUCUUGACUGUUUGUGCUGCUCUUUUGGUUGAGAAAUAUCAAAUUUUUUAUGAAUAGGUUUAUGCUCAGUAGUGAUCGGAAAGGCACAAAGGAUCUGAGAAUCUGGGUCUUGGAAAUAUUGUUAAAUAAGAGAGGGGGGAAAUGUACAGUAAACCCCUUCCUUCUGGGAACGGCUUGCACCUACCUAGCGCACUAAUGCACAGCAAACAGUUGUAGCCAAAGUACCUAUAUCUGUUUUUGUAACCACACCCAUAAACGAUGCAAGGUGAAAUAAAGUGAGCAAGGCAGAGUGGUUGCAUGUGGUACUGCUGUCGUGGAAGUCUUCAGUGCUGAACAAGAAAUGUGUUUGUGAGUUUCAAUAUGAGAACAAAUACUGCAGAUGAUGCCUUUGUAGAAGCUGCCUUUGUGCAUCCA